UCUCUGUUUGCAUGUGUAGCUCUGUUGUUGGUCUAUAAACAAAGAAGAUAAAAACUCAGGAGAGAGACGCUAAGUCAUGCAUGUCGUCCUGCAGGCUAGAAUCUGACUGCCAAAUUCAAAUUCCGCGCAGCUCCUGGGCUCAUUUGCAUUAUGGGAACCAAGGCGCAUUAUUGUGUGAUAUUGGACGGUGCAGUGACAGUUCAGAGGUGGAAGCUGCCUGAUCUAGUGAGGUGUGUGUGUCCGUGUGUGUCUGUGCGCAGGGGAGCCACCUGAGGAGACGUUUGUUUAUCCAGUCUUUAAGGUGGGGCGUUCUCCCCAGGUGUGCAGGUACAGGAUGAAGCAUCCUCCCGUUAUUCACGCGUCAAGAGCCUCAGCUCUCCACGUCUUCACCAUGGACCUGAUCCGGUACGUGGGCAGCUGCGUGCCUUCCUUCUUGAUGGCCAUCGUUUUCGACGUCAUCGGCCUUGUUGUGCUUUUCGUCGGGAUAUUCGCCAACGUGAGCCUCGACGGCCGCUUCUACGGCGACUUCUUGAUCUACACGGGCUCCCUGGUGAUAUUCUUCAGCCUGGGCUUCUGGGUCAUGUGGUACGUGGGCAACGUGCAGGUGCCCGGGGACUACGACGGCUGGGACCAGAGGAACAGCGUCGUGGAGCGGCUGGCGAGUAAGAUCUCCAAGAGGAUGAGCCAGAAAUCGAGACACGUGAAGUGCGUGGAGGACGCAGACUCCGAGAGCGAGGUGGGGCCGACCUCUCCACGCAAAGCCAGCAGGGUGACCUGGGGCAAAAACUCAGCCUACCACAACGAAGGCUAUGAUGACUCGCUGGAGUCCUCCACUUUCGAGAAUAAAGAGGAGAAAAAAGGAGAUGGACAAGGACAAGAAGAGGGUAAAGUAGAAAAAGAACCAACAGAGGAAGAAGGAGAAAAAGGACAAGACGAGGAAGAAGGAGAAAAGGGAGAAGAACAGGAGAUCUGAGCCGCUGCCUCUCUGAAUAAGUAGCUUCAUUUCAAAUUGGGACGGUUUUCUGGUCAUAUAUAUUAAAACAUUAAGCUGCAGCCCUUCACAGCCUUAGACAACCAUCUUUACAUGUUUCAGUCAAAAUAAGAGGUUUAGUCUGACUGACAUGUCUAUUUCGGCAGGCCCGGAUACAAGAAUUAUCCAAAUCCCAGGUAGCAGGCAGCAUCCUGGGGCCCCAGAGUCAUAAAAGCCCCCAAAGUGUCAAGGUUUGUGUAGAGGCUAUUAGUUUGUGGUUAUUUUGUUUAUUUAUUUGCCCCUUCAGCACUUUAGAAUCUCAUGGAACCUUGAGGCAUCACCUGUAUUUACGUUUUAUAGAAGGGUCUCAAGUUAGAGUCAAGUUUUAGGUCAUUUAUCAUUUCAGUUUUGAGCUUGUAAGUAUAAUGUAAGUGUAUUUAGUCAAGUUAAGUCAGUGAACUGACAUCUAAAUGGUAACUAUGGGGGGUGGGGGGGGGUCUAAUUUGGUUAGCACGGCCCAUGAUAUAUAUAGAGACAAGUCUAAAAAACAUUAGCUUAGCUUAAACUCCCCCUAAGCUCCUAAAAUAUAAUUUUGCUGCUGGCUGUGAAACGUACUGGACAAAUGUUCCUGUCCGCAGAUUCCUCCAUUACUUCAACUUCAAUUUAUUUAUUCUUUUUCACAAAGGCUUUGUCGCAUCUGCAAAAAAUGCAUGUGACAUACCUUACACAAGUUGUAGCUGCAACCAGAAAGAGGUAGGUAGAGUUGUGCAAACACACACAUACUGGUCAGACUGGUUUGUCUCUCGGUGUUGGUUAAACAAACCGGGAACUCCUCAGCAGAGGAUCUCAUGUGACCUGGGAACAUGUGUAUCUUAUGGAAUGUUUUGACUGAUUUCCAUAUGUUUAGAUGCUUAGAUUCAUGGCACACCUUAUGCAAAAUGUCAGCUCUGCCACGUGAAAUGUCAAUUCACCUGUGCUGUGUACACCUGCUGUAACUACAGGCAUUCAGGACAGGGAAGCGGAGACAGAUUGCAGCAGCAGGACAGGUCAAACAAGGGAAGAUUCCAUUACGUGCGUUUCCUCUUUUUGCCGGCAAGUCCCUCCACAGUAGGCAGGGUUAUUGUAGUGAUGCAUGGGCCAGGGAUUGCUCAUGUUUAGUGAAGGCUUCAGUGCAGCGUAUCCACCCUGUGAAGUUAAAUAUCACGGGUAAACAUACACAUGGGUAAAUCGAUGGGAGUGAUGUCAAGAGGAGGCUUUGAAACAUCUGAUAAAAGAUGAAACACACUGAUGCAGUGCUGGAAUCACUUAAUUUUCAUUAGCUGAAUAAAAUAAUCCAAGGGUUAGGGGUUGGGGGAGGACGGCAAAUUAAUUAUAUCAAGCUUAUAACUGUGUAAAGACAACCUCGAUGGCAGAUGAUUAUGAAAUAUACGUGCAUAAAUCUGUCACGCGGGUUUCAGACAGCGGUCUGAUGUGUCACAUCAAUGACAAGAAAGGGGCCAAACAGGUCAGGCCUGCAUAGGAAUGAAGACGGACUGUGAGUUUCUCAGCUGUUAAAGAGCUUCACAACCUUUUGUUGUGCCUGGAGACCUGACUUGCCACUGAACUAUGAUAGAAAUGCAAAGGUGUGCUGCUGGUUAAAGACAAUGAUCCACAGGACAAGAAAGUCACUUCUACACAGAGACUCACUCCUGUCAGACCUUGAGACGACAGCCACUCGUCCUUUUUCUCUCGCUCGGCUGCGGCGAUGGAGCAGAGGGGGUGCGUCAAGUUCUUCAUAGCGCUGGCCUUGUUUCUGGACAUCGCCGGCCUCAUCCUCUUCUUCGUGGGGAUCUUUGCGCCGUUGAGUUUCUGGGACUUUUUCGUGCUGUCCGGGCCCCUGCUGAUCUUCCUCAGCCUGAUCCCCUGGAUAUUCUGGUACACGGGGCAGAUCACCGUGUCCGAGGAGGAACUCAACCUGAUCAAACACGACAUACUGUGACCGAAGCGUGACAGGAGUCGGACCGAGCGGAAGAGACCGGACUCCUUCAAACGUGAGGAUGAGGAGGGAGCUGGCAGGCGGGACUGAAGCACAAGGGUGUUCGUCUCUGGCUCUCUGAACCCCGGGAGGUUUCGCCUCAGUGGAGGAUAUAUGAUUAAUUCAAAUCCAAACGCAACCUGGAACACAUUUGAAUAAUCCUAGCAGAUAAAACAAACUUUAUUCCACACUUUGACUUCAGGGUAAAAACAUGUCGCCAUGUUGAGUGUGGACAGCACUGUUGGAGUGGAAAAUGUGUUUCUCAGCACUUUUGGCCGGAGGAGGAAGCUUUUUAAAGAUUGCACCAUGAUGACACUGUUUGCCUUAUUUAUGUGCUUGUUGUCAUCUUUGUACUGUCGUAAAUUAUAUUUAUGUUUGAACGUGUCUCUUGUUCCUGUAGGACGGAUACAAUUCUAAAAUAUCUGACUAAACAUGGUUUCAAACGAC